AUGCCGUACAAAAACAACCAAUUAAUAGCAAUGUCGAGGGUCAGAAUUAUAUCGAUAUUACAAAGUGCCUUAGCUGGCAAUGCAUGGACAAAGGAGAAACCGAAGUCACCGUGUCGUCUUGUGAUCCCAAACGUUCAACCUAACGAAGCAAGAAUUCCGGAAACAGUGUCCCUUGUGCCGAAUGGUGAAAAGCAGGAUGAAUCUCAAGAAGAUCGCAACAUUCCGAGUCUGAAAAAUCCGCUUAUGUUAGUCGAAAUGAUCGCAAAUAAAAAAGAUCGUAAACGUGUUGCAAAUCAUUUUAACCGUGAUGGACGUGGGGUUCCUUCGACUUAUUGCUUCGGUCGUGUGUUCGAAUGGGACUCGAUGUGUAAUGUUUUAUGGUCGCUUGGAAAUUAUUUGAGUGUGGCGUCAAAGGAAUCUCCGACUAGACGUUUAAUAUGGGGUUUAGAGUACGAUGGAACUGUUACAGAAUUUGAGGACGCUAUGGAUGAUUUACCAAAUGAAAUAACCUUUGACAAACCUGCUACAAAAACGAUUGAUAUUGCAAAGAAGAAAAAGAAUUCGAAAAAAAAACAACAUUGA